AUGGCUCCUGGCCCCUUGGCUCAGCUCCUGCUGGCCUGGAUGGCACUGUUGUGUGUGGCAGGUGGCCACGGCCACUGGGACGGGGCUGCGGAGCCUCCAGGUCCUGGACGGAUGCAGAGGCGAGGUGGCCAAGGCAUCUUGCAGGGGCCCAAUGUGUGUGGUUCUCGCUUCCACGCCUACUGCUGUCCCGGAUGGAGGACGCUGCCCGGCGGGAACCAGUGCGUCGUGCCCGUCUGCCGCCACUCCUGCGGUGAGGGCUUCUGCUCCCGGCCCAAUCUGUGCACUUGUUCGGACGGAACACUGGCCCCCAGCUGUGGGGUGAGCCGAGGAGCAGGGUGCAGCGUGAGCUGCCUGAACGGGGGCAGCUGCAGAGGGGAGUCUUGCCUGUGCCAGAGGGGCUAUGUGGGCACCGUGUGCGGGCAGCCCAUCUGUGACCGCGGCUGUCACAACGGGGGCCGCUGUGUGGGGCCCAAUCUCUGCGCCUGUGUGUACGGCUUCAUGGGGCCACAGUGUGAGAGAGACUACCGAAUGGGGCCCUGCUUUGGCCAUGUGGGCCCUGAGGGGUGCCAGCACCAGCUGACGGGCCUCGUCUGCACCAAGGCACUCUGCUGUGCCACCGUGGGCCAUGCCUGGGGCCUCCCGUGUGUGCUCUGCCCUGCCCAGCCGCACCCCUGCCGUCGUGGGUUCAUCCCCAGUGUCCGAACAGGGGCCUGCCAAGAUGUGGACGAGUGCCAGGCUGUCCCAGGCCUGUGUCAGGGGGGUAGCUGCGUCAACAUGGUGGGCUCUUUCGAGUGCCGUUGCCCGGUGGGACACCAGCUCAGCGAGGGCAGUGCCAAGUGUGAAGACUACCGGGCUGGCACCUGCUUCUCAGUGCUGAUCGGGGGCCGCUGUGCCAGGGACCUCGCCGGCCACCAUACUCGCAGGCAGUGCUGCUGCGACAUGGGCAGGUGCUGGGCGGCUGGCCCGACACCGGAGCUGUGUCCUCCACGGGGCUCUGAUGAAUUCCAGCGACUGUGUGCCCAGGGGCUCCCACUGCUGCCCUCCUACUCCGGCCCCUCCCCUAGCCUCCCAGGCUUCAGGUCCACUGGCAGGGGUCCUGGCCUCAGGGGGCCAGCACGACACAGCCAGCAAGGCUCCAAUGGGCGUGGAGUCCCCAGCCUGGGCCCUAACGACUCCAACAUCGGCACUGCCACGCUGAACCAGACCAUCGACAUCUGCCGCCACUUCACCAACCUGUGCCUCAACGGCCGCUGCCGGCCCACGCCGUCCAGUUACCAGUGCGAGUGCAACGUGGGCUUCACCCGGGACGUGCGGGGGGAGUGCAUCGAUGUGGACGAAUGUGCCAGCAGCCCCUGCCACCACGGCGACUGUGUCAACACCCCUGGCUCCUACCGCUGCCACUGCCAUGGGGGCUUUCAGGCCACCGUCACCAAGCAGGCGUGUGUGGACAUGGAUGAGUGCAUUGUCAGCAGGGGCCUCUGCCACCACGGCCGCUGUGUCAACACAGAGGGCAGCUUCCAGUGUGUCUGCAACGCGGGCUUCGAGCUCACACCUGAUGGCAAGAACUGUGUGGACCACGACGAGUGUGCCACCACCAGCAUGUGCCUCAACGGGGUGUGUCUCAAUGAGGACGGCAGCUUCAAGUGUCUCUGCAAAGCCGGCUUCCUGCUGGCACCUGGUGGCCGCUACUGCCUGGACAUCGACGAGUGCCAGACGCCCGGGAUCUGCAUGAACGGUCACUGCACCAACACCGCGGGCUCCUUCCACUGCCAGUGCCUGGGCGGGCUGGUGGUGGGCGCUGACGGCCAUGUGUGCGUGGACACCCACGUGCGCAGCACGUGCUAUGGGGCCGUGGAGAAGGGCUCCUGCACCCGCCCCUUCCCCGGUGCCGUCACCAAGUCCGAGUGCUGUUGUGCCAGCCUAGACCAUGGGUUUGGGGAGCCCUGCCAACUGUGUCCUGCCAAGAACUCCGCUGAGUUCCAGGCCCUCUGCAGCAGCGGUCUGGGCAUCACCACAGAUGGCAGAGACAUCAACGAGUGUGCCCUGGAUCCUGACAUCUGUGCCAAUGGCAUGUGCGAAAAUCUGUGGGGCAGCUACCGCUGCAUCUGCAACUUGGGUUACGAGGCGGGCACGGCGGGCAAGGACUGCAUAGACGUGGAUGAGUGUGCCCUCAACAGCCUCCUUUGUGACAACGGAUGGUGCCGGAACAGCCCUGGCAGCUACAGCUGCUCCUGUCCCCAAGGCUUCAGCUUCCAGCAGGACACGGAGACCUGUGAAGAUAUCGACGAGUGCCUCUCCAUCCCAUGUGUGAAUGGCAUGUGCCGGAACCUGGCUGGCUCCUAUGCCUGUGAGUGUGCCCCUGGCAGCCGGCUGGGGCCGUCUGGUACCGUGUGUCUAGACAGCACCAAGGGCACCUGCUGGCUGCAGGUGCAGGACAGCUGCUGCGAGGCAAACCUCCACGGAGCCACCCUGCGGGCCGAGUGCUGCGCCACCCUGGGGGCCGCCUGGGGCAGCCCCUGUGAGCCCUGCGAGAUCGACCCUGCCUGUGCCCGGGGCUUUGCACGCACAGGGGGCCUCACCUGCACAGAUGUGAAUGAGUGUGAAGCCUUCCCUGGGGUCUGUCCCAACGGGCGCUGCCUCAACUCCCCCGGCUCCUUCCGCUGCGACUGCCCCCAGGGCCUGACGCUGGAUGCCACGGGCCGGCUGUGUGUGGACGUGCGUCUGGAGCCGUGUUUCCUGCGCUGGGACGAGGACGAGUGCGGGGCCCCCCUGCCCGGCAAGUACCGCUUGGACGUCUGCUGCUGCUCCGUCGGGGCCGCAUGGGGCGCCGAGUGCGAGGCCUGCCCGGGGCCCGGCUCCCCGGAGUUCACCAGCCUGUGCCCGCGGGGGCUAGGCUUUGCCAGCCGGGAUUUCCUACCAGGCAGGCCUUUCUACAAAGACGUGAACGAGUGCAAAGCGUUUCCGGGCCUGUGCGCGCACGGCUCCUGUCGCAACACCGUGGGCAGCUUCCGCUGUGCCUGCGCUGGGGGCUUUGCCCUGGACGCCCGCGAGCGGAACUGCACAGACAUCGACGAGUGCCGCAUCUCCCCAGACCUCUGCGGCCAGGGCACCUGCGUCAACACCCCAGGCAGCUUCGAGUGCAAGUGUUUCCACGGCUAUGAGAGCGGCUUCAUGCUGAUGAAGAACUGCAUGGAUGUGGAUGAGUGUGCACGGGACCCACUGCUCUGCCGGGGCGGCAGCUGCAUCAAUACAGAUGGGAGCUACAAGUGCCACUGUCCCCCUGGACACGAGCUGACGGCCAAGGGCACUGCCUGUGAGGAUGUCGACGAGUGCGCCCUGCAGGCUGGCCUGUGCCCUCACGGCCGGUGCGUCAACCUCAUCGGAGCCUUCCGGUGCGCCUGCCACGCUGGUUUCCAGAGCACACCCAACCGCCAGGGCUGCGAGGACAUCAACGAAUGCCACGUGGGGAACGGCGGGUGUGAUGGGCACUGUGUCAACACCGAGGGCAGCUACCAGUGCAGCUGUGGCCAGGGCUACUCACUGAUGCCCGAUGGGAGGGCGUGUGCAGACGUGGACGAGUGUGAAGAGGACCCAGACAUCUGUGACGGGGGCCAGUGCUCCAAUGUGCCAGGCGGUCACCGCUGCCUGUGCUAUGAUGGCUUUGUGGCCACCCUGGACCGGAGGACGUGUGCUGACAUGAACGAGUGUGACCUGAACCCCCACAUCUGCCUCCACGGGAACUGCAAGAACACAAAGGGUUCUUUCAUCUGCCACUGCCAGCAGGGUUACAUCGUCAGGAAGGGGGCCACGGGCUGUUCUGAUGUGGACGAGUGUGAGCUGGGGGAACACAGAUGUGACAGUCACGCCUCCUGCCUCAACGUCCCCGGGAGUUUCAGCUGCAGGUGCCAGCCAGGCUGGGUGGGGGAUGGCUUCGAAUGCCACGACCGGGAUGAGUGCACCUUGCAGGAACACCGGUGCAGCCCGCACGCUGCCUGCCUCAACACCCCUGGCUCUUACCACUGCGCUUGCCACGAGGGCUUCACUGGGGACGGCUUCUCCUGCAAUGACAGGGACGAGUGUGCAGACGACAUGGACCUCUGUGAGAAUGGGCAGUGCCUCAAUGCCCCCGGCGGGUACCGCUGCGAGUGUGAGAUGGGCUUCCAGCCCACCAAGGACCACCGGGCCUGCCAGGACAUGGACGAGUGUGCUCUCGGGAACCUCUGCGUGUUCGGGAGCUGCAAGAAUCUGCCUGGAAUGUUCCACUGCAUCUGUGAUGACGGCUACGAGCUGGAUCGAGGCGGUGGCAACUGCACAGAUGUCAACGAGUGUGCAGACCCCGUGAACUGCAUCAACGGCCUGUGUGUCAACACCCCCAGCAGCUACCUCUGCAACUGCCCCCCGGACUUUGAGCUGAACCCCAGCGGGGUGGGCUGUGUGGACACCCGAGUCGGGAACUGCUUCCUGGACACGCAUGACCGAGGGGACGGGGGCAUCUCCUGCGGUGCUGAGAUAGGGGUUGGUGUCACCCGUGCCUCCUGCUGUUGCUCCCUGGGCCAGGCCUGGGGCAACCCCUGUGAGCUGUGCGCAACGGCCAACACCACUGAGUACAGAACCCUGUGCCCUGGUGGUGAGGGCUUCCGGCCCAACCCUAUCACUGUCAUUCUGGAAGACAUCGACGAGUGCCAGGACCUGCCGGGCCUAUGCCAGGGGGGCGACUGUGUCAACACCUUCGGCAGCUUCCAAUGUGAAUGCCCACCUGGAUACCACCUGAAUGAAGACACUCGCAUCUGUGAGGACAUCGACGAAUGCUCUGCACACUCAGGUAUCUGCAGCCCCGGCACCUGCUACAACACCCUGGGGAACUACACGUGUGUCUGCCCCGCGGAGUACCUGCAAGUCAAUGGUGGCAACAACUGCAUGGAUAUGAGGAAGAGCAUCUGCUUCCGGCACUAUAACGGCACAUGUCGGAAUGAGCUGUCCUUCAACGUGACCCGCAAGAUGUGCUGCUGCUCGUACAACAUUGGCCAGGCCUGGAACAGACCCUGCGAGGCCUGCCCCACCCUUGCCAGCUUGGAUUAUCAGAUCCUGUGUGGGAACCAGGUCCCUGGCUUCGUCAUGGACAUCCACACAGGGAAGCCCCUUGACAUCGACGAGUGCGGGGAGAUCCCCACCAUCUGUGCCUACGGUGUCUGCAUCAACCAGAUCGGGAGUUUCCGCUGCGAGUGCCCUAUGGGCUUCAACUACAACAGCGUCCUGCUGGUCUGCGAAGACAUGGAUGAGUGUGCCGGUGGGGAGAGUCCCUGCCAGCAGAACACCGACUGCAUCAACAUCCCGGGCAGCUACCACUGUGAGUGCACCCGCGGCUACAGGCUGUCACCCAGCGGGGCCUGUGUGGGGCGGAACGAGUGUCGGGAGAUCCCCAAUGUCUGUAGCCAUGGCGACUGUGUGGACACAGAAGGCAGCUACGUGUGCCUGUGUCACCAUGGCUUCCAGACCUCAGCAGACCAGACCAUGUGCAUGGAUGUCAAUGAGUGUGACCAGCAACGGUGUGGAAACGGGACCUGCAAGAACAGCGUCGGCUCCUACCACUGCCUCUGCUUCCCCGGCUUCGCGGCAACGCACCAUGGGGAUUGCCUGGAUGUGGAUGAGUGCACCACCCUGGUAGGGCAGGUAUGCCGAUUUGGCCAGUGCCUCAACACAGCCGGCUCCUUCCACUGCCUCUGCCAGGAUGGCUUUGAGCUUAUGGCUGAUGGGAAAAACUGCAUGGACAUCAAUGAGUGUCACAGCCUGGCGGGGACCUGUCUGCCGGGAACUUGCCAGAACCUUGAGGGCUCCUUCCGCUGCAUCUGCCCCCCCGGCUUCCAGGUGCAAAGUGACCACUGUGUCGACAUCGACGAGUGCUCAGAGGAGCCCAACCUCUGUGUCUUUGGCACCUGCAUUAACAGUCCUGGAAGCUUCCAGUGCCUCUGCCCGGCCGGCUUCAUCCUCUCUGACAACAGGCGCCAUUGCUUUGACAUGCGGCGGAGCUUCUGCUUCACCCGUUUCCAGGGUGGAAAGUGCUCAACGCCCAAAGCUUUCAACACCACCAAGGCCCGGUGCUGCUGCAGCAAGCGGCCUGGCGAGGGCUGGGGGGACCCCUGCGAGCUGUGUCCCCAGGAGGGCAGUGCUAUCUUCCAGGAACUGUGCCCCUUUGGUCAUGGGGCAGUGCCCAGCCUGGAUGACUCUCGAGAAGACGUGGACGAGUGUGUGGAGAGCCCCAGCAUCUGCUCUAACGGCCUCUGCGUCAACACCGACGGCUCCUUCCGCUGUGAGUGCCCCUUUGGCUACAGCCUGGACUUUACCGGCAUCAGCUGUAUGGACACAGACGAGUGCUCCAUCGGGCACCCCUGUGGGGAAGGCACGUGCACCAAUGUCAUAGGAGGCUUCGAGUGCGCCUGCGCUGACGGCUUUGAGCCUGGCCCCAUGAUGACCUGUGAGGAUGUUGACGAGUGCACCUUGAACCCCCUGCUCUGUGCCUUCCGCUGCCAUAACACCGAGGGCUCCUACACGUGCACCUGCCCAGCUGGCUACGCCCUGCGGGAGGACGGAGCCAUGUGCCGAGACGUGGACGAGUGUGCCGACGGCCAGCAGGACUGCCACGCCCGCGGCAUGAUGUGCAAGAACCUCAUCGGCACCUUCGCGUGUGUCUGCCCGCCGGGCACGUGGCCCCAGCCCGGCUCCGAGGAGGGCUGCAUAGAUGAGGAUGAAUGCCAUGCCCAGUCUGGCCUCUGUGCCCACGGCCGCUGUGUCAACACCAUGGGAAGCUUCCGCUGUGACUGUGACGACGGCUUCCAGCCCAGCCCCUCCCUCACUGAAUGCCGGGACACCCGGCGCGGCCCCUGCUUCUCCGAGGUGCUGCAGGCGGUGUGCCAGGCGCCCUCAAGCAAUGGUGAGGUGGUCGGCAGGGCGGAGUGCUGCUGCGUGGGGGGCCGCGGCUGGGGGCCCCACUGUGAGCUCUGUCCCCUGCCUGGCACCUCCGCCUACAGGAAGCUGUGCCCCCACGGCUUGGGCUACACCGCCGAGGGCCGAGAUGUGGACGAGUGCCACGUGCUGGCCCACCUCUGCCCCCACGGCGAGUGCAUCAACAGCCUUGGCUCCUUCCACUGCCACUGCCAGGCCGGGUACACAGCAGACACUGCCGCCACAGCCUGCCUGGAUGUGGAUGAGUGCAGCCAGACCCCCAAGCCAUGUAGCUUUCUCUGCAAAAACACGGAGGGUGGCUUCUUGUGCGCCUGCCCCCGCGGCUACCUGCUAGAGGAGGACGGCAGGACCUGCAGAGACCUGGACGAAUGCUCCUCCAAGCAGCACAACUGCCAGUUCCUCUGUGUCAACACCGUUGGUGCCUUCACCUGCCGCUGCCCUCCUGGCUUCACCCAGCACCACCAGGCCUGCUUCGACAAUGACGAAUGCUCCAUCCAGCCUGGUCCCUGUGGCACCCUUGGGCACUGCCACAAUGCCCCAGGCAGCUUCCUCUGUGAGUGCUAUGAAGGUUUCACCCUGGACAGCUCUGGCCGAGGCUGUGAAGAUGUAGACGAGUGUGACGGGCCCCACCGGUGCCAACACGGCUGCCAAAAUGAGCCAGGCGGCUACCGCUGCAGCUGCCCCGAGGGGUUCACCCAGCACUCCCAGUGGGACCAAUGUGUGGACGAGAACGAGUGCGUGCAGUCGCCAGCGGCCUGUGGGAGUGCCACCUGCCACAACACAGUGGGCGGCUUCCGCUGCGUCUGCCCCUCAGGCUUCGACUUCGACCAGGCCCUCGGCGGCUGCCGGGACGUGGAUGAGUGCGCGGCGCGGGGCAGCCCCUGCAGCUACGGCUGUGCCAACACCCCUGGCGGCUUCCUCUGUGGCUGCCCCCGAGGCUACUUCCGGGCUGGGCAGGGGCACUGUGUCUCUGGCCUGGGCUUCAGCUCCGGACCCCAGGACACCCUGGACAAGAAGUUGCUGCUCUCGCCUGAAGCCUGCUAUGAGUGCAAGAUCAAUGGCCUCUCCCCACGGGACCGACCACGGCGCAGCACUCACAGGGACCACCAGAUGAGCCUAGCCAGCCUGGACUCGGAGACCCCACUGGCUUUGGGCCUGAACCUGUCACAUCUGGGCCUGCUUGAGCACAUCCUGGAGCUGCGGCCAGCACUGGAACUUCCCAGGGGCCAGGUCCGCUAUGUCAUUGCCCAUGGCAAUGAGCAGGGCUUCUUCCGUAUGCAUCACCUCCGAGGCGUUAGUGCCCUGCGGUUGGGCUGUCAGAGGCCAGCGCCAGGAACCUACUGGCUGGAGGUGGUGAGCGUAGCAGGGCCCUCAGGCACCAGGCCCAAGGGCCGGCCAGGGCUGGGGGGCCGGGCCUUGCGGCUGAAGGUGCAACUGCAGCUGCUCUAG